GGGUGCUGCUCAUUUCAUACUCAAGGUGCGGCUCCGGAGAACAGGUGCCUCAGUACAAUUCAAACCUAUUGCUACAAGAAAGUUAUUUCUGCAGCGUUUUCACGCAGAGGAUUUUUUGACGUUCAAUAAGACAUUUGGCAUUCGACGACAGGAAUCGGACCUUGAGUUUUUAACUUUUGAUUUUAAGAUUUGUUUUUAUCCAAACUAACUUGACAAAGAUGGCAAACAAGGGACUUCAACUUCUGGGAUUUGCCUUGUCGCUAAUCGGACUUAUAGGCUUAAUUAUUGGCACUAUUUUGCCACAAUGGAAGAUGUCUGCCUAUGUUGGAGAUAACAUCAUCACAGCCAUCGCCAUGUACGAGGGUCUAUGGAUGUCUUGUGCGUUUCAGAGCACCGGUCAGAUUCAGUGCAAAGUCUACGACUCCAUCUUGCAACUCAACAGUGCUCUGCAGGCCACGAGGGCGCUGAUGAUCGUGGGCAUCAUCGUGACGGUGUUUGGCCUGGGCGUCUCCACUAUGGGCAUGAAGUGCACCAACUGCGGCGGCGACGACAAGGCCAAGAAGUCUCGCGUGGCCAUGACCGGCGGCAUCAUCCUCAUCGUCGGAGCUCUCUGUACCAUUGUGGCCUGCUCGUGGUUUGCCCACAGAAUCAUCCAAGACUUCUACAACCCCUUCACGCCAGUCAACACAAAGUACGAGUUUGGGGCGGCCAUCUUCAUCGCCUGGGCGGGGGCCUUCCUGGACAUCCUGGGGGGAGCCAUGCUGGCGGCCUCCUGCCCCGGGGGCAAGAAGUCCACGCCCAAAUACCCCAUCUCAAGACCCCCCAGCAGCACCAAGGAGUACGUCUAAACCCCCCUGCCCGCCCUCCCUCCCUCGAUCACUCCCCCCUUAGCCUACACACUGAAGGAUGGAAGGAUGGAAGAAAUGAACGAAUGACAUCAAAGAAGGAAAGAAACACCUAGUCUGUGGGUCGUGGAGACUUGAAAAACAGUUAGCAGCACCCUGUUCUAGUUUCCUCACAGACGUGUACUCGGAAGAGGAGCCAAUGUUUUCUUUAAGGGUUAGGAAUGUCAUGUCAUGUCAUGUCAUGUCAUGUCAAGGUCGUGAUGGGUUUUAUAGGUUUUUUUAUUGCCAUCAAUCCACCCCUUGCCCUCUGCCAAAAGGUGUAAAUCAUGUAUAUACAGCUCAGGGAAGGCUCCCGGUUUUGUUUUUGUUUUCUUUUUUUAUCCUGUGUUUGAGCGAGCAUUAUACUUUUUUUUUUUGUCUUUGACAUUACUGUUAAGGUCUGUAAAUAGCGGUCAUGGCCUCCCUUCAUUUUUUGUAUCGAUAUGUUUGUGCCAUGACAUGCAGCUAAAGAUGGCUGACGUCUAGUUCGAUUUUUAACAGUACAGGAUGUUGGUGGGUCAAUAUACAGAGUAGAAAUUCCUUUUUUUACAUGCAGUUAUCUUUUACGCCAGACUCUUGCUAGGCUGUUACUGAUCAAUCAUGAAGUGCCUUUGACAUUUUUUAAAAUUUGUUUUAAAUGUUUUCAUUGGUUUUAUUUCAUCUUGCAUGUCUGUUCAAUCAUGUUGCGCUUUACAUAUACUUUUGGUUAUGGUCUGAAGGGGUUUUUAAAAACAUUUUCAAUACUUUGUGAUUAUAUGGUUUUUGCCUUUUUUUAAACUUA